UCCCCAUAUUUGUGUAGUUUUUGGUUUGUCCGUGGUUUGUUCUCUCGUGGACCUCUGUCUACUUCUGUCACCAACGAUAUUUCGUUUAUAAAAUUGUUUAAAUAGCAAAAAAAUUGUAUUGUGUAUAAUUACAACUUUGAAACACCUACAGUACAAUGACUGAAGUCCUAUCUGCAGAAGAAUCGCGGCAAGACCGCGUAGCUACCAUCCUGAAUGGCUUUCAAGUUAACUGGAUGAACUUGCGCGAUGCUGACACUGGCAAGAUCCUGUGGCAGCACAAUGAAGACCUAUCCGAUCCCAACAUGGAGCAUGAGGCUCGUGUGCCGAAGCGCAUUCUCAAAUGCCGCGUUGUUUCUCGAGAAAUGAACUUUAGCUCCAUUGAGUCCAUGGAAAGAUUUCGUUUGGAACAGAAAGUUUUAUUCAAGGGUCGGUGCUUAGAAGAGUGGUUCUUUGAGUUCGGCUACGUAAUCCCCAAUUCGACCAACACGUGGCAGUCCACCAUAGAGUCCGCGCCGGAGUCGCAAAUGAUGCCAGCCAAUGUGCUCAAGUGA